AUGGCUCAGCUGCGCCCAGACAAACCCUUCUCCCCUUCUAAAAGCGCAGCAACAACAGCAGCAGCAACAGCAGCACCGGCAGCAGCAGCAGCAGCAGCAGCAGCAGCAGCAGCGCACAGUGCAGCAGCCGCCGGGGGUCAAGAACGACCGCUGCUGCAGCCUUCCGCAUUUACGUUUCCUUCCUCUGUCUCUGAUGCACUGUAUCACCCGGUUUCUGUUGCCUCUUCUUUGCAUGCAGCAAAGUCAAUCGGCAGCAGCUCCUUUUUGACUCCGCAGCUGACAGAGGGGGCCCCCAUGGGGGCCCCCUCUUUCGAGGCCCCCCGCUGGGGGCCCCCCAACUCCUGCCUGGCUAUGGAGGCAGCAGACUUUGUCUCUGCCGCGCCAGCGCCUGAGUGGUCUGUGUUGGGUGUCGUCAAUCACUGUUUAGAAUUCGCAGAGGCCCUCCGGGGCCCCCUGCGGGGGCCCCUCGGGGGGCCCCCCUGGGGGCCCCUUCGGGGGGCCCCAGGACAGGCGCCAAGAGCGGGAGCAGCAGCUGCUGCUCAGCCGAUGUAUGCUACCCUCAAGCAAUGGAGGCGUUUCAAUGCAGGUCUCCUCGCGGCGACGGCCUGCACCAGCAGCAGCAGCAGCAGCUGCAGCAGCAGUUGCAACAGCAGCAGCAGCAGCAGCAGCAGCAGCAGCGAAGCGGGACUGAGCAGGCUGAAGCAUAAGCCUCAGAUACCCCCAGCUCUUAAAGACAGCGAGGCUGUCGCUAUUUGGGGGGCAGCAGCAGCGCUGGCGUUCCUUCAUACACGAAGGAAAGCUCGGCAAAGCAACUGGCUACAGCAGCAGCAGCAGCAGCAACAGCAGCAGCAGCAGCAACAGCUGCAGCAGCGGCAACAGCUGCAGCAGGAGGGUCAAAAGGAAGUUCACUACGGAUUCCCGUCGUUGUAUUACCCCUCUGCAGCAGCAGCAACAACAGCAGCAGCAGCAGCAGAUGACUGCCUUUUAAGGGGGACGUCGGCUGCGUGGGAGCCAUCGCCUCCCCCAGCAGCAGCAGCAGCAGCAGCAGCAACAGCAGCAGCAGCAGCGGAUGCAGGAGCAGCUGAUGGAGGUGCCCAGGGCAUGCCCCCGUUGUUGGAGGCUCAGGAGGAGGUAGUGGAGGUCCGCGUUCUGUUUUUGCUGCUGCUGCUGCUGGCAGCACGACGGCAGCAGCAGCAGCAGCAGCACAAUUUCCCUACUCCUACUGAGCCCUGGUGCUCCUCCCCCAGAGCAGCAGAAGCUCUCCUUGCUGAUGCUGCAGCACGAGGCCCCCCUCUCUCUAACAGAACCCUACAUACCAACAGCAGCGGGCAUCUCGACGCCAGCAAAAUCCGGCAGUAUCUGCUGCAGCACAUGCCGCAGCUGCUGCAGUUGCUUCGUUGUGAGCGCUAUCCUCAGCAGCAGCAAGAGCAGCAGCAACAGCAGCAGCAACAGCAACAGCAGCAGCAGCAGCAGCACGACUUCAGUGAAUGCCUUGCGGUAUUUGAGUUAGAGGCACUCGAGGCCUUUCUGGAAUGUGACACCCCGCAGGGGCUUGCUGCUGCGCUUACUGGGGAGACGUCGCCGCCAUCGCCAUUGCAGCUGUUGCCUCAGGGGGCCCUUCAACACUUGAUAGGGGGCCUUAGCGGGUCGCAUGCGGCGGACAAGCAGCAGCAGAAGGCUAUCUACGCGCGUUCUCAUCUUCGAAACCUUAAAGGAGCGCUGAGAUGCCUUGACUCCGGGACGUUGGGCCAUUCGCGUAUACUACGGAUUUCUUCCUGCAGCAACAGCGACAUUUUCAUAUCCUGCCCUGUGGAGGCCCUGUUCAUAGAAGAGCUCUCCGGCUGCUCGGUGGUUGCGCCUGCUGUUGAGGGGCCCCUCUUCGUCCGCAGCUGCUGCCGCCUCACGCUGCACGCCAGAGCUAACUCUGUCUUCGUGGAUAACACCCUGGGGGCGGAGCUGUUUGUGGCUUGCUGCUUCCCCCCCCUCCUCCUCGGCGACAGCCGGGCGCUCUCCUUGGGGCCCUACAACCUUAUCUGCCGCCCGCAGCAGCAGCAGCAGCAGCAGCAGGAGCAGCAGCAGCAGCAGCAGCAGCAGCAGGAGCAAGAGCAGGAAGAAGAGGCCUGUGAGCGGCGUCGUCUGCCUCUGCAUGAGCCAGAAUUUUGCAGAAAAAACUCCCCCAAGUCGCGGCGUUUUCUGCAGCACUUGAGCAGGCGUGCAGAUGAGCAGGCAGAACUGCAGCAAGAGACCCCUCCCUGA